UCUGUCUGGAGGACAGGAGAGUAGUUUGGAGAGAAGAGGGGACACGUUGAUAAACCCAAGGCACGGGACUCACCGUCAGUCACCGAAUGGUGAACUAACAUGGCCGGUACAGGAGUGUGUUGUGCGAGCCUGGAGGAGCCCAAGACCCUGAUGAAGAUGGGUCUGUGCAUGGUCCUCGUCGGCCAUGUCAACUUCCUGUUGGGCGCGCUGGUGCACGGCGUGGUGCUCCGACACAUCAACCUCAACAAGGAGGCGUGGGCCAUGGAGUACGCCGUCUCCAACGUGGUCGCUCUCAUCUCCGGCCUCGUGGGAAUUGUUGUUGGCAUUCUGGCCGUGGUCCUGUCUAAAAACAAGAAGAGUAGAGGCCUGACGUGGUCCCUUUUCUCCGUCAGCCUGGCGUCGGCUCUCCUGGCGGCCGCCUCCGCCGUCGGACUCUCCGUGUCGGCGGUGUGGGCCGUCGUCCACGGCGAGCGGAGCCUCCUGGCCCACUGCCGCUUCCCCGACGCCGUCGGCGACUCCAGCGUCGCCAACGAGUGUCCUUUUGACCCCACACGCAUCUACAGUACCACUCUGAUCCUUUGGGUGCCUCUGAUCGUGACUUGUGUCACCCAGACGGUGUUUUCAUCCCGGUGCUUGGCGGUCUGCAUUUCGUUCCUGGGUCUACCUUGCUGCCCCGGCAGGAAGAGAAGCCGGGACUGUGGCAGAGCGAUCAAUGUGGUGGGGACGAUGGAGGUAGCCCCUCCAUCCUUCUACAAUGACCCUCCAUCCCGCUACAAUGACCCUCCAUCCCGCUACAAUGACCCUCCAUCCAGACUCCAGGGGCCUCCAUCCCGCUAAUGACCCUCCAUCCCGACAAUGGCCUUCAUCCCAGCUCAAUGGCCCUUCAUCCCGCUACAAUGACCCUCCAUCCAGCUCCAGGGGCCCUCCAUAAUCAUCCGCUACAAAUGGAACCCUAACCACAUCCCAGCUACAAUGGCCCUUCAUCCCGCUCCAAUGGCCCUUCAUCCCGCUCCAAUGGCCCUCCAUCCCGCUACAAUGACCCUCCAUCCCGCUACAAUGGCCCUCCAUCCCACUCCAAUGGCCCUCCAUCCCGCUACAAUGGCCCUCCAUCUAGCUACAAAGACCCUCCACAAAGCUACACUGAAUCUCCAACGCGUUACACUGAACCUCCAAGACAGCACCACAGACCUCCACCCCCUCCACAGCGUCUUCCCCAUCAACAUCGGAGCCUUCCUCCCUCGGAGAGGCACAGAGAAAGGCCAGACGAAGAAAGGCCCUCGGAGCAGCACCAACUGCUGGAGAGGGGUACCCAGGAAAGGUCCAGCUUCUGGAUUUAGACUUAUUUGACAUGCAAGAGCUUCUUGAAGACCAAAAUGCUGUGAGGGAACAUACUAGAGUGCUUGCUACGAUGCUUGGAUUCAAAUAUUGUACUCCCAACCCUGUUAUCCUGUCAGUACUUUCAUAACUAUGAACUUAGAACUGGAGGUGUUUUAUUACACAGUGCAGAUGUAUUCUUUUUCUAAGGCCCAUAAUGUCGGCUAUGUGUCUGUUAUUGUAUAUCUGUACAUAUGAGGAUCAAAAAUCUAUAUUCCUCUCAGGAUAGACAGAUGAAGCAAAGCCUUGCCUGUACAUGGAUUCAUUUAAAGUUCAAAAAAUAGUUGGGACAUUUUGGGGAAAUGUACUUUGACGCUUUCUUGCCGAGAGUCAGAUUAGAAUAUUGAUAGGACUGUGUCUGUGCGGGUAGGACAUGCGUUACUUAGCUUAGCAUAAAGACUAAAAGCAGGGGGAAAACCACUAGCUUGGCUAGCGACAACUCUGGAGCUCACUACUCGACAUGCUGUAUCUUGUUUAUUUAAUCUGUGGAGGAAGUGUAAAAAUGU